AUGUCAACUGGAUGUGUCGUCUGCCGCUCACGAAAGGUUCGAUGCGACCGCAACUCGCCAACAUGUCACAACUGCACUCGCCUGGGAGUAAAUUGUCCGGGAUAUGGUGACACAACGGCAAUUCUAUCGCACAAGGAUGGGUCGCGGCAGCGGCUUCAGGAUUCAGUGGAUUUCAUCUACCGGGCAUCAGGGGUAGAGAAGCGGAGGGUUGGAUCUUGUGACGAGUGUCGGCGGACAAAGAGUCGCUGCUCUCGCACGCGGCCUGUUUGCAAACGCUGCACAAGGAAGGGGUUUACGUGUAAAUACAACGCCAAAUACGACGCGUCUGCUUCUGCUUCUGCUGCCGAUGCCAAUGCCGCUGCCGCUGCUGGUAGUCCGUCGCCGCAGCCAUCAACGACGGCAGAAACCAGCAUAUUAGCAGCCCCUUCCGAUGGCGGCGGCCUCGUAUCAACGCCUGGGAGCCAGUCUGGAACGAUGGCUGUGCCUCUAUCAUCGAUUCCGCAACAUAUGCACUGGGUGUAUUCAGAUGCUCUGCCACAAGACAAGUUCCACUUGCAGGCGCUGGCCGACCUGUUCUUUGAUCGGAUAUCCACUCUUCGCUGCUUAGGUUUUAUCCAUAAACCAACCUUUUUUCAGGCACUGGACAGAGGCACGCUCAGCGAAGACUUUGGAGAAGCAGUAGUCUAUAUAGUUGCUGCGCUUGGAGCGAGAAUGUAUCUGCUAGAUGAUCCCAGUCAUUUUAACAAUCCAUUUCUCGGCGUUCCUGGGGCUGCGUGGGCUGAACGAGCCCGAGACCUUACCAUGCGCGAGAUAGCAAAUCCGUCUCUUUCAACGAUGAUGGCAAUGGUUCUCAUCUGCGAGUACUCCAUUUUCAUGGAUCAACACGCUCUCGCAUUUGUCAUCUUUGGAUGCUGUGUCCGCAUCAUGAGAUUACUCGGCCUGGACUCUCCGAAAAAGGCAGCUGUUCCAUCAGGCCUUGCUCACAUGACGCAUCUGGAAACAGAAAGAAGACUUUUAUGGUCCUGUUAUCUCUUAGAUAGCUUUCUUGGUGGCGGAGUAGAUGGAAACCUGAUCUGGAAAGACGAUUUUCCAAGUGUACCACUGCCUUGCUCUGAUGCGAGCUUCGUCGCCCAGGAGCAAUAUGCAGACUUUGAGGCUCCAAAGCUGAGUGCUUUCGAGCUUUACCCGGACCGUAGCUAUCUCAAUCUUCGGUCUCAUACUAUAUAUCUUGUACAGCUGAGAACGCGGGUACUGAGACUCAUCCGAAAUAAUAACCAGCAAGUCAACAUAUGGGAUCCCGGAUCCCCAUUUCUCGACAUCAUUCAGCGAUUAGAAGUUUGGUAUGCCGGCUUACCUGAGCGACUCGUGAUAUCCGACUUCAACGUAUACAUUCACAAAGAACUCAACACCAUCAGCGCUGUUUUCAUGCUGCAUUUUCUUUACCAUUCCAUUGUCUGCGAUCUAACACGAGUCUCGCUUCCGGGAUAUGUCUUUCCGCUGUCAGCCGCGUUCCAUUCUUGCCCCCCGGAAUUCCGGCGACAAUGCCAAGAGCGAUGUCGAUUCCAUGCAGACGAGAUAUCACGACUUGUUCACGCUGGGUUUGGCUAUGGUAUCCGGGCUUUCGAUGAUCUGCACAGCUUAAUGGCCACAUUCGAGUCAACCAAGAUUCAAAUCAUUCACACAGCGACGGCUACGUCGAAUUCUAUCGAUAUAAGAGAGCGAACGAGCCAUAAUAUCCGUUUAAACAUGCGAGCGUUGGACAUUCUUCAUCUUCAGAAGGAUAAAGCGAAUCCUUAUCACAAAGCCUUGAUACCAUUACUAGAGAAAUUCGACUUCAACAACGUCGUGGCCGAAUGGCAAGCUUAUCCAAGCCCAAUAUCAAUAAACUCGGAUCAAGCUGAAGUCACAGGGCCAGAGGAUGCCGCGUAUCUGAGCAGCCUAGCUCCAUUCCGCCUCGCAAAAGAGGAGAUUCGCGCCCAGAUACGCCAACGAAGAGGCUCUUCUCCAGCAGGAAACGACCUGCCCAACUCUCCAGCUAUGGUUCGCCCACCGCCCAUCAUCUCCUUACCUCAAAAAGACGCCCUCGACGGCAUUAGCGGCGCCGAUGGAAACGCCGGUCUGCUGGGAAGCGCAAGUUUCUCUCUAGACCACAUACAGCUAGCAUCUACAACACAUCCUACACCUCCUGGCGCCGGUGGCCUGGACGUAGCGGCAGAGAUUCAGGGGGGAGUGGCGAAGGAGAUGGUGAAUUUGUCAGACUUGUCGGAAGACUACAUCCGGAUGGCGGGCGAGAUGGCCAACUACAUUUCCUGGGACAUGUCGGAGCCACAGCCGUGGUUGGAUUUCGACAUGAGCUCGAACAAUAUAUGA